AUCUGGCUGUUUUUCUUACUGUUCUGGCUGGGACAAGGGAGGCGGAUGGCUCCCCCAGGUUUUGUAGAGAGCAGUUGCCGCUCCAGAAUUUUUUGGAUGAAACUGAAUAAACUCUUGCUCCAGGGAAAGUUCUUCCAGCUGGAGAUCUAUGAUCCUUAUUCUGGCCCAGUUCUGCUGGAUGAGAAAUUAGCAUCUCGCUGUGGCUAUGUCCUGUCAGAAGACGUGUGGGGCAAUCCCGUCCUCCGCGCGUCGGUGCUCGGCUGUCAUGUGGCCAAUGAGGCAGAUGAGCUGUUUUCACUGACGGUGAACAUCAAGGUCUCCUCAUUCUCAAGCAUGAGGGCAGCUGUCACCUACGCCUACCCUAUGUAUUGCUCCCAUGCAUCCUGGGCUUCAAGAGAAAUUGUGUGUGAAGAAAACUACAUGGAGGUGUCAGUGAAGACUGAUGUCCCAGCAGUUUCAAACGACUACACCGUAGCAUGGAUGUCAGCACUGCCAGAGACUCAAAAUGUUGCAUACCAGCAAUGGCAACUGAUGUUUGUUUCUCCAUCAGGGAGAAAGAGAAUAACAGUAAGUGAUGCAGUAAAACUGGGCUACAGCUUCAAUAACACCCUGUCCCGAGUGUACCUGCGAGCGCCCUACCACAGCAACGAGUCUGAUGUCAGCCUGGUCAGUGGUGUAAAUAUGAACAUGAUCACUUCCACUUCCAUGUACAGGCAGCGGUGGCUGCUUUUGCUGAUUGACACAACUGUCUCCUGCCCUGUUGAUGGCAUCAGCUUCACCGAUACUACGCUGACAUGGACUGUGCCAAGAGUUAUCCCCACACUAGUGGUCCAGGAAUCCACCUUUCUGUCUAAAAGCAUUGUAAUGGGAGUGGAUGAUCAAAUCAUAGUGAAUCCAGAGGAGAUGAACUACUUACUGGAGCACAAUGAGACACACAUCAGAAUAACCAUCCCUAUUGGAGCAGAAGGAGGCAAGCUAGAGAGCUCCAUAUCUGGUGGUGUAUAUGGAGUAAUUUACUGUAUUGACCUGUUCCUGGAGCACACGUGGACAGAUGCAGGUGGGCAAACCACGAAGUAUACAGUCAUCAAAUCCAUCACCACACCUUUCAUGCCACAAAUACCAACAGUUAUCAACACUUGA